GUAUUCUCAAGUUCUAGUUUCUUUCCUUAGGAAAUAAAACGGUCGCCUUUGUUUGUUUUUUCUUUGUUUUCGACGUCAUGGCACCAAACGGGGUCGUUUCCGACAACACUUCCAUCGUGAGCUUCGGCGAGAUGCUGAUCGACUUCGUCCCCACCGUCUCUGGCGUUUCUUUAGCUGAGGCUCCAGGUUUCCUCAAAGCCCCCGGUGGCGCCCCAGCCAACGUCGCGAUCGCCGUCUCAAGACUAGGCGGCAAAGCGUCCUUCGUCGGGAAACUUGGCGACGAUGAGUUUGGUCACAUGCUUGCCGAUAUUCUCAAGCAAAACGGAGUCUCCGGUGACGGGAUCUUGUUCGACGAAGGCGCUAGAACCGCUCUGGCGUUCGUAACUCUACGCGCCGAUGGAGAGCGUGAGUUCAUGUUCUACAGAAAUCCUAGCGCCGACAUGCUGUUGAAACCGGAGGAAUUGAAUCUUGAUCUCAUCAGAUCCGCCGAAGUGUUCCAUUACGGAUCAAUAAGUUUGAUCGUGGAGCCAUGCAGAUCGGCUCACUUGAAGGCAAUGGAAGUGGCGAAAGAAUCGGGAGCGUUGCUCUCAUAUGAUCCAAACCUUCGGCUGCCGCUCUGGCCUUCAGCCGAUGAGGCAAGGAAACAUAUAUUGUCCAUCUGGGAUAAGGCUGAUAUAAUCAAGGUCAGCGAUGUCGAGCUAGAGUUCUUGACCGGUAGCGACAAAAUCGACGACGAAACCGCUAUGAAGCUUUGGCGCCCCAACUUGACACUGCUCCUGGUCACCCUGGGUGAAAAGGGUAGCAGAUAUUAUACCAAGAAUUUCCAUGGGGCAGUGGAUGCUUUCCAUGUGAAUACGGUGGAUACGACUGGGGCUGGGGACUCCUUCGUUGGUGCUUUGCUGUGCAAGAUUGUACAAGACCCAACCAUACUUGAGAAUGAAUCAAAAUUGAGGGAGGUACUAAAAUUCGCGAAUGCAUGCGGGGCAAUAACGACAACGAAAAAGGGUGCGAUCCCCGCCCUUCCAUCUGAAGCCGAAGUGCUUGCCUUGAUCAACGGUGCUUAGGAUUAUCAUUUGCUGCACAUCUUCUUUUUCAGGAUUUUCCAAGUUCUUUCUCUUUUCUUUUCUUUUUAUGUGCCUGUCAUUUUCAAGGGAAGUGGGAAUAGGAGUAAAACAACUUUUUUGCUUUUUAGAAAUAAAAAGGUUAUUAUAACA